AUGGUUCAAGUUAAAGUAGAUGAGAUCGUGAAACUCAACUCCAAACCAGAUGGAAAAGGACGUGGAAGCACUGAGACAAAGCCCAGAGCACUGAUGCUCCAACGCACAUUAGGAAAAUUACAGCCAGAGACUAUGGUUCAGCAGGAAAAGUUACAGUAUGUUGACAGCACAGAUGCAGGAGAAAUCACCAGCACGAAGGAGAGCCAGCUGCACUUGCAAGUUCAGUGUAAAUGUAAAAAAUCACUGAUAGUGGACCCCAAGGAAAAACAGACCUGUGACAUCAGGCUUCAGGUGAGGGCCAAGUAUUGCCCCAUGACUACGGGGCAAAAUCUUCUUGAACAAGAUUGGUCGCUGGUGACCUUCACGAAAAAGCUCUUCAAAGUGCCAGCCAAGAAAACCGUUGAUAACAUUCUGACCACAUUUGCCAUCUUCCAGCCAAACUUCUGGUUCACUGAUGAGAAGUAUGUCAUUGAUGGUCUAGUGGCUGUGAUCAAGGAGUACUUUGACUUGCUGUUGACCACCCAGCUGCUCUAUGAUUUUGAGAGAUCUCAGUAUGCUGAUAUCUUGACCCAUUUCCCCAUUUUGCAGAUGUCCCAGAUCUCUGGCAGUGCCCACCUUUUGCACCUCUUCCCAAAACUGGGCUCUGUGCUGGCCUGCAGUCCUCUGAAUAACAGCAGCAUUCAUAUGUUUAUGAACCAUUUACAAGAUUUCCUGGAAUAUCUGGCCAGAAAUCCUUCUCAGCUACUUACAGAAGCCAGUGAUUAA